AUGCGUGUUGCUCCUGAUACUUCUCUAAUAUUAGACGUGGACAGAGAGGUAAACAACCUCAGUUCCGAAUCAGUUGCAUUAAAAGUGGCUGAUUUUGUUGUUCGUGCUUUCCAGCCAAAAUCCUCGGCAAAGAGGCAUCCACAUACUGAUACCUUUCAAAAUGAACAAAGUAAUGAGAAUUAUGCGGAUGAAGUAAAACAGAACUAUAAUAUGAACGAAGUUCCAUAUUUCUCUCCGUUGCGACAUUUAGUACGUCUUUUGGGACUUCAGCCGAAUCAAAUAAGCGCAGUUGCCGUCAACGCACUUAUAUUUGUUGCUCAAAUGAUUACUACAUUCUUAGCCGGACCGAGACACCCGAACAAACCAUACAGAUCAGAGGAUCUUACAACCUGGAUUCUUAGUAAAAACUCACGAAGGCUGCAAGAUCUUAUAGAAGUUGCUAGAAAUGACUCAUUACCAAAACAAAUAGAAGAUUUAAUUAAGGAAAAAUCAGAUGAAGAGACUAGUUGCAUUCAGCUUUUAGUUUGUAAAAUAACUCCUUUCAUAAACAAAAUGCAAGAAACUGUUUUUAGUGAGGAAAAUGACAAAAUAAAUAAAGAAUUGCGUGGCGCUGCUUUCUUGUAUCGACAUUUACCAACAAGCGAAGAGAUCAAUGCAAAGAGCGACGUCUGUGAACAAAAACAUAAAGAUUGUAAAUUAUAUGAG